CCGGGCCGCCGGAAGCGCGCUGUCUGUGUCGCCAGGGCGACGGAGGAGACCUCGGCGCAUGUGGGGCGACCUGGCCGAUAGUCAGGGUCAGGCACUACUGUGUAUCUGGUGUUGUUCUGAGGAGCUAGAUCAGGAGCAAACAAAGCUCCAUCUUGGGAACCCAGCAUCCGCUUCUGACAGGCUCCUGCUGUCUCUAACAGGUUGGAGUCAUGGACAUAGAUGCUGAGAGAGAGAAGAUAACACAGGAGAUCCAGGAGCUAGAAAGGAUUUUAUACCCUGGUUCCUCUGGUGUCCACUUGGAGGUCUCUGAAUCCAGUCUCGGUUCAGACUCUGAAGCAGAUUCGCUGCCCCAUGAGGACUUGGAAACUGCUGAUGUUCCCGUCUUGGAAGGAAGAUGGGGCGAGGCCAGCAAUGAUGAGGAGGACCCCAAGGACAGAGCCCUCCCGGAAGACCCUGAGACCUGUCUGCAGCUGAACAUGGUCUAUCAGGAGGUCAUCCUGGAGAAACUGGCAGAGAUCAGCCAGCUGCUAGCCGAGAACCAGGAGCAGCAGGAGGAGCUCCUGUUUGAUCUGGCUGGAGCCAAAUGCCCCAAGGUGAAGGAUGGUAAAAGCCUGCCCUCAAACAUGUACAUCGGCCACUUCAUGAAGCCAUAUUUCAAGGACAAGGUCACUGGAGUGGGGCCCCCUGCCAAUGAAGAUACACGAGAAAAGGCUGCCCAGGGAAUCAAGGCCUUUGAAGAGCUCCUGGUGACCAAGUGGAAACACUGGGAGAAAGCGUUGCUCAGGAAGUCUGUGGUGAGCGACCGUCUACAGCGUCUGCUUCAGCCCAAGUUGCUGAAACUUGAGUACUUACAGCAGAAACAGAGCCGAGUCUCCAGUGAGUCAGAGAGGCAGGCCCUGGAGAGGCAGGUCAGGGAAGCCGAGAAGGAGAUCCAAGACAUCAACUGUCUCCCAGAGGAAGCUUUGCUGGGGAACAGGCUGGACAGCCAUGACUGGGAGAAAAUUGCCAACGUCAGUUUUGAAGGAGGCCGUAGUGCAGAAGAGAUCCGGAAGUUCUGGCAGAGUUCUGAGCACCCGAGCAUCAACAAGCAGGAAUGGGGUGCAGAGGAGGUGGAGCAGCUGAGAGCCAUUGCCGCCGCACACGGCCACCUGGAGUGGCACCUGGUCGCAGAGGAGCUAGGGACCCGUCGCAGUGCCUUCCAGUGCCUGCAGAAGUUCCAGCAGUACAACAAGGCCCUGAGACGCAGAGAGUGGACAGAGGAUGAGGACCGGGUGCUAACCCAGCUGGUCCAGGAGAUGCGUGUUGGCAGUCACAUUCCGUACCGCAAGAUUGUCUACUUCAUGGAAGGGAGAGACUCCAUGCAGCUGAUCUACCGGUGGACCAAGAGCUUGGACCCCAGCCUGAAAAAGGGGUUUUGGACCCCAGAAGAAGAUGCUAAGUUGCUUCAGGCUGUCGCCAAGUAUGGGGCACAGGACUGGUUUAAAAUCCGGGAAGAGGUGCCAGGUAGGAGCGAUGCCCAGUGCAGAGACCGCUACAUCAGAAGAUUACAUUUCAGCUUGAAGAAGGGAAGAUGGAAUGCAAAAGAGGAGGAGCAGCUGAUUGAAUUAAUAGAAAAAUAUGGCGUUGGUCAUUGGGCCAGAAUCGCCUCUGAACUUCCCCACCGAUCAGGCUCCCAGUGUCUGAGCAAGUGGAAAAUCUUGGUCAGGAAGAAGCGCUGUCUCCCGAGGAGGAGGGGACGGAGGCCCCGACCUAGCAGUCAGUGGAGCUCCAGCAGCAGCAGCAGUAACAGCGGAAGUGAUGGCUACAGCAGCAGCAGCAGCAGCAGCGAGGACUCGGAGGCAGAGCCUCUGGAGGGUGGCAGAGUGCUGCUGCCCCCACAGUACACAGUGCCACACAUUGACCUGUGGGUUCCUACAAGGCAGAGCACCAGCUUACCACAGAGACAAGGGGCAGGGUGCUACCCAGAACACCCUGCUGCUUCCUCCUGCCCUCCUGAUGGGUCUGAUACCACCCACAGUCACCAAAAGGCAGUUUCCACCACCGCCUCAGCUCUUGAUGCGGUGAUCCAGGCACAAGUGCCCUAUGAAACUCACAGCACUGUCCCAAGAGGUGCCCAGGACCUACACUUGUCAGACACUCACCCAGCAAGUGUAGAGGAUCCAUCCUGCAAGCAUGUACUGAAGGUGCCCUUAGAGACAGUGCUGAAGGUGCUCAGGAGCCGCCCAGCCACCCAGAGCCAUACCCUGGUGAAGGAGAGACUGAGGAAGCCACCCCUGCCUAACUUACCUCCAGGGCCUGGCCCUGGUGACAGCACGAUUGAGCCCUGUCUACAGCGGCUGUGGCGUGGAACCUUCCAGAAUAGGCAGCGGCGCAAGAGACAGGCCCUGCACCGGAGGCUUCUCAAGCACAGGCUUCUGCUGGCUGUGAUACCCUGGGUGGGGGACAUCACCCUACCCUGCACACAAGCUCCGCGGAGACUGGCAGCAGCGCAGACUCAAGCGGACAUCAUCAGGAUGCAGUUAGAGUGUGCCCACCUGGCCAGCACUCCAGUGUUCACACUGUUCAUUCAGCUGUUGCAGAUUGACACUGCUGGCUGCAUGGAGGUGGUUCGAGAGAGGAAGACCCAGCCACCCACUGCACACCAGCCUGGCACCCAGGGCCCCCAGCCACAUCUUCAGCAGGUAGCGCCAUCUAGUGCUGACAGCACCACAGGCUCCCUCUUCCCAAGCAUGCCAGCUGAACACACUGUAAAGAGAGCCGGCCAUAAAGGGCGUCCACGGCUAGGGUCCUGCAGAACUGAGUCUACCUCCUCUCCGGUGCCCACACUAGCCCCACAGGGCCCUCGGCCCAAGCCCAAGACUGUAUCUGAACUGCUUUUUGAGAAGCGGCUCCGCGAGUCCCGUGCCAGGAAGGCCACCCAGGCCCUCAACAGCCAGCUGCUGGUCUCCUCAACUCUGCUCCUCCAGGCCCCUCUGCUGCCAGCCCCACAGGGUCUCCCAGUCGCAGGUCCUGCUGCCUCCAAUAUGGAACUCUCUGGGCCUCUGGCCCCUGUGGUAAUCAGCUCAAGCCCUUCUGGUUCCUGGCAGGUAGCUGAGACUUCAGCCAAGGACAAGCAGCCCCUCAACCUGCAAACCCUGCCCCUAACUCCUCUCCAUAGAGGAACCCAGGCUGCAGCCCCUGCUGCUUUCAGGAGCCUGGCCCCAGCCCCCGAGCAGGCCCCCGUGACUUGUCCUCUGAGCACUCUGGGGCAAUCUCAGGCCCCUGCCACAUCCCAGAAACAGAGCCUGCCCAAAGCCCUUCCCCUUUUCCCUGCAGCCCCCGGCCCCACUCGGCUGCCUGUGCAGCCCCUCAGCCUGCAGCCUGCUCUAGGAACACAAGCAGGUGGGCACCCCCUGGCAGCCGGGGCCAGGCUACCCAUUAGCUGGGUGCUCACAACUCAGAAGCUACUCCCCAUGCCAGUGGCAACUGUGGUUAACUUCCCCCAGCCAGUGAAGACCCCUGAUCCCGCAGAACCGCCAGUAAGACAGCCACCGCCCCCCACUGAACUGCCAGCGAGACAGCCACCGCCCCCCACUGAACUGCCAGCGAGACAGCCACUGCCCCCUACUAAGACUCCUGUGUGCCCUGGACACCCUCCUUUCAGUACAGAGCCCAGAGGACCUCAGGAUUUGGAAAGGCCACUCACAUCCGAGCCUGAAAAGAAGGCCCUGGACCUCAACCUGAUUUCCCAGGAAAGCGAGGCAGCUAUAAGGGCUUGGCUGAGGGGCUGCCAAGGUGCUAGUGUGCCUCCACUAGGGACCAAACUCCCUUACCUGCCCCCUGCCCUGUGUAGCUUGCGAGCACUGUCCAACCUCCUGCUCCACAAGAAGGCCUUGGAGCACAAGGUGUCCUCUCUAGUGGAUGGGAAGGCGGCUGGAGCCCUACAGGCCUCACUGGGGCUGGUGCGGAGGCAGCUCCAUGACAAUCCGGCCUACCUCCUGCUGAAGACACGGUUCUUGGCAGUCUUCUCCCUUCCUGCACUCCUGGCUACUCUGCCCCCCAACAGUGUCCCCACCACCCUGUCAUCAGCCACAGCAGUGAGUUCUGAGAGUGACAGUGAGGACCUUAUGGGUGACCUGGAGCCCAAGGACAAGGCCAGGAAGCUGGAAUGCAUGGCCUGUGGAAUGCAAGCAAGCCCAGUGGCCACAGACCCCAUGCAGGAAACCCCAGGCCCUGGUGAGGAUUCUACCCCCUCCCACCCAGAUGCUUCUGACGACCUUGAUGUGCUCCAGACCCGGCAUGCCCGGCAUGCCCGGAAACGGAGGCGGCUGUGAACAGCGAGGACAAGGACUCAUGGGGUCCAGAAGCCCACUCCUGUUCAGGCAAGAGGCAGGGCCCAGGACUGACCAGAACCCCACCGCGCCCCCUAUAAGAGGAAGCACAGAGACCAGGGAGCUGCUUGCCUGCAGACUGAACUCUGCCUGUAGCAGGCUGCAGGGGCUCUGACAACAGUGGCCAUGUGGUCACAGCUGUACCUGUGACCCAUGUGCAGAUCCAGAUAUUUGAAGGAAUAAAGUAAAUGUUCUA